AUUUCAAUGCUGAGCACUGCAGUUAGAAAGCAACGCGUUUCGUGACAAGGAUCCGCUCGCAGAAAACCCAACUUUCUUUCCCCCGAAACUGUAAACGCCUCCUCUUUUGUUAGGUAGAUUUCUAUCGCGCUUUAUUUUGAAAUUUCGAAUCUAACCAAUAGCCGAGUCCGCUGCGUUUCACUACGUCAGCAAUGUGAGCCAAUCAGAAGCUCCCUCGCGCCCCCAGCCUCCCUAUAAAGCCCCGCCGCCCGGCUGGAGGAUUCAUCCGUUCACCGUGUGAAACGUGAAGCAGAAAAGCGAGUAAGCGCGAUGGCCCGAACCAAGCAGACCGCCCGCAAGUCCACCGGCGGGAAGGCUCCCAGGAAGCAGCUGGCCACCAAGGCCGCCCGCAAGAGCGCCCCGGCUACCGGCGGAGUGAAGAAGCCUCACCGCUACAGGCCCGGCACCGUGGCUCUGCGGGAGAUCCGCCGCUACCAGAAAUCCACCGAGCUGCUCAUCCGCAAGCUGCCCUUCCAGCGCCUGGUGCGAGAGAUCGCCCAGGACUUCAAGACCGACCUGCGCUUCCAGAGCUCCGCCGUCAUGGCUCUGCAGGAGGCCAGCGAGGCCUACCUGGUCGGCCUCUUCGAGGACACCAACCUGUGCGCCAUCCACGCCAAGAGGGUCACCAUCAUGCCCAAAGACAUCCAGCUGGCCCGCCGCAUCCGCGGAGAGAGGGCCUAACCGCGCACACGGCCUCCGCACGGAACCAACGGCUCUUUUAAGAGCCACCGACGUGCCGACAAGGACAAACUUCCUGCUUCACGCUGAGCCUCAGCUGUGCGAACACACGACACGACACAAACACUGACUUCAACACGUUCACGCGCUUCAGGAGAACAUUUACACGACACCAGACGAAACCACAACACGAACCGCUGCGCUCAAACACUGCCGCCUGCUGGCGGUGUUACAAAUCACUGCUGUUAAGAUGCACCAAUUAUUAUCUAGCCUGAGAAAACUAACCCUUCAUUCAUUCAUUCAUUCAUUCAUUAGGAAAUCAGAGAAUUGAUUUAACCGCCUUAUUCAGCUGCUUGCGUCACUCUACGUCACACACUUCUGCAGAGACACAAACCCGCCCACUUUGAAAAUCUACAUUUUAUCUUUAUAAACCAACUGAACAAUAAGCAAGGGAGAUUUUAACAAAAACCUUGCAAACACUAAACUCACCAAGUUGCAGCAUUUUCAGGACUCGGCCACGUUGAACCUGGACUGAAAGUGGCUUCAGAGCGCGAAGCGUCAACACCGG